AAACUUAGCAACGAUAAGACGUUUUCAGCCAAAAGAAGGCAAAGCGCGGCGCUUUUUACCAAAGGAUAUGUUAAGAAAUUUAUUUAUAACUGCAAUUUUUUGCACCUACACCCUACUGUUGGGCAAUAAAGCGUGCUGGGCGUUAACGGUAGAAAUUGAUUAUUUUUCCUCGGUGGCGGGUUUGGAAAAUUUAUUUAAAACGGAAGUGCAACUGCUAGCGGAAAUGCAAAAUUACAUUUAUAAUUUGCAACAACAUAUUGAUGUGUUGCAAAGUGAAUUAAAUUUUAUCCAUCAAGAACAUGAUGAUGCUUCAAAAGAUCUUGAGGGUUAUCUUAACAAUCCCAUAAAUGCGUAUCGUUUGAUAAAACGUCUCUAUACCGAUUGGCCAACAUUUGAGGAGACUGUUACGGUUGAUGCCACACGUACAAAUUAUUUGGAGAAUAUGAAAGAAUUAAAACAAAAUCUAAGUUUUCCCACACAAAAUGAUAUGGUUGGUUCGACAUUGGCCUUGGUACGUUUACAGGAAACAUAUCAAUUAGAUGUCUCACAAGUGGCUAGUGGUAUAUUAAAUGGUGUAAAAUAUGGUUCGUCUAUGUCAUGGCAAGAUUGUUAUUUAGUUGGUGAAUAUUUGUAUGCCAUGCAAGAUUAUAAUCAUACAAUACCUUGGCUAAAACAAUCUACCAAAAUGUUGAUGUCUGGUGAUUUUAAUGAUGCCGAAAUGACUUUGGAGUUUAUAGAAACAAUUGCCGAAUAUCAUAAGACAAUAGGAGACUUCCAAUCAGCUUUGGAGCUAAUGGACUAUAUACUCAGCCAAGAUGAAACACGCCAAAGUGCUCGAGAAACUAAAAUGUAUUUGGAGGAAGUUAUAAAUGAGGGUAAACAAGAGGGAUUAAUGUAUCAAAAUUCUAAACAACAAAAUCAUUAUCAUAAUACCAAUGAAUAUAAACUUUAUGAAAAAGUCUGUCGUGGUGAAUUUGCACUCAGAUCUCAACAACAACAACAACAAAGUCUUCUAUACUGUAGACUUUAUACCAAUAAUCAUCCUUAUCGUUUACUGCAACCCUACAAACUAGAAGAGUUAUCGCUAGAUCCUUAUAUAGUUUUUAUUCAUGAUGUCAUAAGUGAUCAUCAAAUUGAGGCGAUUAAGGCAAUUGCUCAACCCCAUAUGGAAAGAUCUACAGUGUUUUCAAAAGAUGGCAGUCACUCGGAAAUAACCUAUUAUCGUACCAGUAAAACUGCCUGGUUCAAAUAUAAUUAUCACAAAUAUACCACACAAUGGUUGCAGCAUGUUAAUCACUUAACAGGGCUAAAUACUGACAAUGCUGAAGAUUUGCAAAUAGCUAAUUAUGGUUUGGGCGGUCAUUAUGAGCCACAUUUUGAUUUCUUUACGGAAGAUUAUACUGAUAGCGAUAUGGAGGGAAAUCGCAUAUCAACAGCUAUUUUCUAUCUAGCCGAUGUUGAAGAAGGCGGUGGUACUGCCUUUCCCUUUUUGAAUAUAUUGGUGAAGCCCCGCAAAGGUGCCAUGUUAUUUUGGUAUAAUUUACAUGCCUCAGGUGAUGGUGAUUAUCGCACCAAACAUGCCGCCUGUCCAGUAUUGAAGGGUUCCAAAUGGAUUGCCAAUGUUUGGUUAAGAGAACUGGAUCAGUUCAACCGUAGACCCUGUGAUCUAACAACAAAUCAUGAAGUUUCUUUAAUGUAUAAAGAUUAUGAUUAA